CACACUACAACUAACACAGGCUGAACUUCAAGCACAUCUCGCAGGGUAGGCUCAGCUCCUCAUGGGGCUCUCGGCUGUGCUGUAUGAUGAUGAUGAUGAUGAUGACGACGAUGACCUCGAUGAGGAUUAUCUGUCUGAUUCUGAUACAUUGCUCAUGGCAGCUUUCAGAUAUCGAUCCCUUGCAGUGUCUAUCACUGGCACUGUAGAAAUGGUUCACGAGGGCCAUACAAUCGGAUGCCUCGGUGCAAAGAUUUCCUUUCAUACUGAUUGCACAAGUCUCGAUCGUGAAUUUCAACACUAUUUUCGGCGCUGGGAGUACUACUUGGAGUUGCAAGGAGUGCACUCGCCUUUCGAUGAUCAACCGAACGGAGUGGGCGUGGGUACUGGGAUGGCCGGGUGCCUGCCGAACGUUAAAGCCGGGUAUGAUUGGGCAAUCACGUUGUUUAUUUCUAAAGCCUUUGCCAAACAAUUGGAACAAUCCAAAAGAGGCGAACACCUUCUCAUCGUCACGACUCGGGAACAAGCAUCUUCCUUCUAUUUGGUUCUCAAACAGGAGACCAACCCGCGGUCCGUCACUGCUAUCAAAAACAUGUCAUCUCUAGAACCAGCGCAAAUAGCAUCUAAAGCCUCAAAAAACAAAAUCAAAGAGACUUCAAAGAAAAAGUCAAAAUCGCAGCCAGUCACUGUCACCGAUAAUGGCAAAAACGAAGGAGAAAACCCACAUUGGGCUUACAAACCUCCGCCUGGUUCUAAAUUAUUGGACCAUGCAUUCGAAACCGAGACUUUCGACUGGGACUCCGUUCAGAAGGAUGAUGAUCUAGAAAUAUGGCUAAUACGUGUUCCAGACUCAGUCAAACCCCAACAUCUUGACGGACUGGAGAUUGAUGCGCCCUCGUCCUCACGGAGCGAUCAGGUCGGUAGCUUGUCGCGGAAGAGCGCUGUCUAUGAUAUAUGGUCGAUGGGCGACGAUGAUACGGAUUUCGCUAGAGCAGAGGAACUGAGAGGACUGUCGUGUUUACUUCCCAGAAAGAAAAAAAGGGGCAAGCUGUACAUAGCGCCAAAAGAGAUUGCACGUCAUCUUGUUGUUUCAGCCCAGCCAUCAAGAGCGAGCCCUCCGGAGCACCCAUCCAUUCUACACCAAAAUCCUCCUCGCCCCUCAUAUCCAAAAGAAUUACUCAAGCAUCAUUUCGUGCCAUACGGAGCCAAGCCCCCAAUAAAUAGUGACCAUGCGAGUAUGGAUACUGACGGCCAAGCACAGGGCGGUGAUGCUGGCUCUAGUUUUGGAGGGUCACCCCGCACGACAAAAGAGUUUAUGGUAAAGGAGUUGAAGAGCAGGAAACGUAAAGUUGAGGGAGAGACGCCUCGUAAGAUAACGGUUAAAAAACCCAAAAUAACGAAGUAUGUAGGGUGA